AUGUCCCAAUGGCUCCAAAGACAAACCUCCGCAACUGCCUUCCAGAUCGGCCUCGCUGCGACGCUGGGUGCAGUCGCGGCCACCACGGUCAUCUUCGCCACGGCCGCGAUCCACCGCCGUCGGGCCACCGAAGACCUUAAAGCCUCUAUUCCCGAGCUUUCACGCAAUCACCACGCCCUGCAGCUUACCGAGUACGGCGGGGCCAGUCGCCCCACGAUCACGAACAAGGAAGACACGCGCGCAGCGUUGAUCGCGGCGAGAGCGAGGAAGGGAGACUACGAUGAGGAGCUGAUACUCGAGCAGUUGGCAAGGAACAGGGUGUUUUUGAAAGACGAGGGUUUGGCGAAGCUACGGAGCGCUUUUGUCGUCGUCGUGGGACUGGGUGGCGUGGGAAGCCACUGUGUCGAAGCGCUGGCUAGGAGUGGUGUCUCUCGCCUACGGGUUGUGGAUUUCGACCAGGUCACGUUGAGCAGUCUCAAUCGGCACGCUCUUGCGACCCUGGCGGACGUGGGGACCCCAAAGGUCAACUGCGUCAGGAAGAGGUUGGAGCAGAUUUGUCCCUGGGUCCGGAUAGAUGAGCGGAAUGAACUGCUAGGGUCACAGUCGGUCGAGUGGCUGCUGGGAAAGUGGGAUUUUGAACUCAGGGAGGGGGAGGACGAUAAAGAGGUGGAUUGGGUGGUCGAUGCUAUUGACAAUAUUGACACCAAGGUCGAGUUAUUGAAGUAUUGCGCGCUGAGAGGCAUUAAAGUCAUCAGUGCCAUGGGUGCAGGGUGCAAGAGUGAUCCUACCAGGAUCCAGGUAGGAGAUAUCUCGACAAGCGUCGAAGAUCCUUUGUCGAAGGCAACGCGGCGGCGGCUGCGGGUCAUGGGCAUCACCAGUGGCAUUCCCGUGGUUUUCUCAACGGAAAAGCCUGGUGAGGGUAAGGCUGAGUUGCUUCCCAUUACGGACGAAGAAUUCCAGAAGGGCCAUGUCGACAAAUUAGGUGUUCUGCCCGAAUUCAGAGUCAGGAUCUUGCCAGUCCUUGGAACGAUGCCAGCCGUCUUCGGAUUUACGGUGGCCAACCACAUCAUUUGCAGCGUUGCUGGGUAUCCGAUGGACUACCGAACAGGCGAUAGAAGGAGAGAGAAGCUAUACGACGCCAUGCUAUCAGCCUUGCAGAGCGUUGAAGAACGACUCGUGCGGUCAACCAAUGGGCAAGACACCAUUGGUCUCCGGAUCCCAGUGAGUCGAGACGAUGUUGCUUACCUUGUGGAAGAAGUCUUCCGUGGCAAAAGUGUCAUCAGCGGGCUGGGCACCAGGCUUGCUCUGAUCAGAUGGCUGAAGCCUGCGGGAGGGUUCAAAGUCGACCCUGAGUACGAGAAGGAGGGACAGAUAAUGAUCAAGCUGCCCUUAACGGACUUGGUGCUCAUGACCAAGGAGGAGGCACAGCGACACGAGAAGCUAGUCCUGAAAGGGGACAUGCAACCUGAAGCCCUGUACGACCCCAGCAUCCUAGCGCAAGUCAAGAAGCGCCUUGGUGACGAGAGAGCAUAUGAGCGGUACAGGUAG